AGUAUAAAUAGUCGAGCUAUAAACAGUCCAGCAGCAACAGUUCCUCAACUGACCAGCAGCUUUGCCAAUAAGCUCCUCCACUUGUAAGCGAACUAAAAUGAAAUUCGUGAUUGUGUUGGUUUGUUUGAUGGCUGUGGCCGCUGCCGUUGACGAGAAUAAACCGGAUGAUGCGGAUCUCAACACCAACAUCGAAGCUCCAGCCGAUCUGGACGUCGAUGACUGGCACAGUCGCCGUUACUUUGGCCACUAUUACAAUCCCUACGGCUACUACAACCCCUACAGAUACGGCAAACAUUGGCGUGGCCGACGCUCAUCCGCUGAUGAAGACAUCCAGCAACCGGAAGCGGAAGCUAAUAAUCCCGUCGUCGACCAAGACGCUAACGAGCACCGCCGUCGUGGCUAUUACGGCUACUACAAUCCCUACGGUUAUCGCAACUACGGAUAUGGCAAAUACUGGCGUGGCUAUUCGUGGCAUUAGAGAUAACAUUCAAAUCUAUACGAGUAGUGGGUUCUAUAUGUAUGGCUAUCGAUAAUGUUUUAUUACCUCCCAUUGUUGACCUAACUGGAAUUUGAAAUUUCACUUGGCAAUUCCGUCAUAAUAUUACGCUUCAAAAUGUUGUUUCAACUCUGGAAACUGGAUCUGCUAAAGGUGUUUUGUCAUAUUGCCUUUGGAUUUUCUUUUAAUAAAUUUCUUUCAGCAAUAA